AUGAACUGCAUCACUGGCGCACCUUGGUUGGUUAAUUCUUGUCUUCGCGAAAAUUUGGUGUUUCAGGGAAAAUUCAAGGCAGGGUCAUCUUGGGAGCUGACUGUUGGGGGGAAGGAAUCAUUGAUCGAGUCUUCCGGGUUGGAGCGUAAUGUUACCAAUUCAUAUGCAGUUUUGGCAAGCAACUCGAGCAGUACUUUUCCUCAGAUUGCUGUGACCUUGACUCAAUAUGCUUCGGAUUGGUUGGAGCUUGAAAGUGGGGAGUUCUACGAGCUUGAGGGCGAGGUGUUGGUCGGCGACGAGCUGGGAAACCAGAACUUCCAUUACUACACGUCGGGGUUCCAGCGUAGACGUCACACGAGAUCGGCAGCGAUCCCCGAUCCAGUCAAAAUGACCGGGUGCGGGACGAUUUGCCAUGUGAAGGUGGUCAACAACAAGAGACGGGACGGCGGGGUAAAAUCGAUAGCAAGGGUUGAGCUGAUUGUUGCCCACGGUGCAAAUGUGGGUCGGGGUGCUGUAGUCAAGUGGAAAUAG